UCUCUAGUGCUAAAAAUCAAGACAGAUUUUAAAUACUUCGAUGUUGAGUCAAUCGUGCUCCUUCUUAAAACUAUUUAUUCUAAGACGGUAAUAAAUAAGCAUAAAUUAUAGAUGGAAAAAAUUUCUCAAAUCUCAAAUUUUAAGGUACUAUAGUAUAUGCUAACGUUUUUUAUAUUUUAUGAGAUAAAUAAUAAUAAAAUGUGAUAACAUUCAGUUAAUAAAGUCUGAGUGAGACACAAAUAUUUAGAAAAAACAGAAAUAAGCCGUGUUUAAAUUUUAAUUAAAAAAAAUGUAAUACAUAACCAUAAAACACCACUCCGACUCGAGAAAAGAGACAGGUAGGCUCGCGCUACACACUCACACAUAUACAUGUGUUGGACCGUGUACUUGGCGCGAGACACUACCGUGUCUCUGGAUAUAGCGCAUUUUGAUUAAUGUUGAUACAGAAUAUAACCCAUCGGUAGACAAUUAACAGGAAUUUAUUAACAUCUAUUCAAAUCAAGUAAAACAGUUGAAACAUUACCAUGUUUGGUAAUUAUACAGAGUUCAAUAACUCUAACAAAGAUGAAACAUACUUCAUGCUUCGAGAUGCUGUCCAACGUAAAAACAGUGAGCUGGCAAAAUCACUUUUGAACAAUGGUGCUCAAGUAAAUAGUCCUUACGAAAGAUCUUGUAACACGAUACUUCAUUAUGCUACGAUGAAUCGUAAUGAAGAAUUGGUGCAAAUGUUGCUAGACAGAGGAGCUUAUAUUGACGUACCAAACACACAGGGUAAAACUCCACUUCAUUUAGCAGUUGAAUGCGGCUCUGAGCCAAUAGUUAAAUUACUUGUCAACAAAGGAGCCAACGUAAACACUAUAGCUAAAGAUAAUUCAACGCCAAUUGAAAAAGCAAUCUCUACGUGGCAAUGUCAUAUUUUCUCACUACUGGUUCGUCAUGGCGCGAAUGUUAACAUUACUCUCAGUAAUGGUCAAACAUUACUUUAUGAAGCAGUUCAACGCGGCUAUACAUCUGUCGUUAAGUGUAUUCUCGAAAAAUCUUCAGUUAAUAAAAAUAAAAACAAAAACUGUCUUACAACAGCAGUACUUAAGGGAAAUGAAGAAAUUGAACAUCACUUGCUUGAGCAUGGUUUCGAAGUUGAACCUCAAUGUGUUAAUAAUUCAAAAUUUUUCCACGCUAUCGUUGCAAGAGGAUAUAUCAAAUGCGUAACUGAUCUUUUGAAAAUGGGUGCUGAUGUUAAUGCACUCCGUCAAGAAACAACUAAAUAUACACUUCUUCAUACUGCUUGUAUAAAUCAAAAAUUAGAAAUGGCUAGAUUAUUAAUACAGCAUGAUAUUAACUUGAAUGUGAAAGAUAAUAAAGAAAAAACGGCAAUAUUUUAUGCCGUAAAAAAUGGUGAUUUUAAUAUCGUAAAGUUGUUGAUAACUAACGGAGCUUGUGUUGAAGAUGAUCCUGAUUUACUUAACAUUGCUGCUCAUAAUCAAUGCAUUGAUAUUGUUCAAAUUUUACUGGAGCAUGGUGUUGAUAUUAAUGCUUAUGAUUGUUUUGGAAAGACGGCUUUACAUUCGGCAUUAAUUGAACAGUUUUUCCAAUUAGAAGACAAAGUAAUUUGUAUACUCUCUUCUAAAGACGUUAAGGCGUCAUUAGUGAGAGUAUUAUUGAACAAAGGUGCUGAUGUCAAUAUUCGAAUGAAGGACGGUCAAACAGCGCUUCAUUUAGCUGUUCGAACUGAUAACAAAGAAAUCGUGGAUACUGUUCUGGAAUGCAAUUCAAAGGUAAAUGUAUCAGAUGCUAAAGGAACUACACCAAUACAUUUAGCUGUACAAACGAAAAAUGUAAUUAUUGUUUUUAGUCUUCUCAGUAAAAAUGCAGAUAUUAAAGCUAUGGAUAUAAAAGGUAUGACGGCAUUACAUUUUGCGGCUGAAGUAGGACAUCUCGAUAUUAUUAAAAUUCUCUUGAGAUAUGAACCUGAUGUUAAUGCCAUAAAUCAAUUCUGCUUGACACCACUGCAUUGUGCGGCUAAAUAUGGACACUUGGAAGCUGUUAAAAUUUUACUUGAGCACAAUGCUAAUGUAAAUGCCGUUGACAUUAGGGGUUCGACGGCUCUUCAUUUAGCUGUUGAAGCCAAGCAUCGUAAAAUUGCUAAGUACUUACUUAAAUUCAAUCGUCACAUAAAUUCACCAAAUGAUAAUGGUGAAACUUAUCUUCAUAUUGCGGUGAAAAAUGAUGACAUUGAUACUACCAGAUUACUUUUGAAUUAUUCUAUAGAUGUUAAUUGUAUCAAUAAAAAUGGAUUGACUCCACUAUUAAUAGCUGCGCUCGGUAAUUUCUCGAUAUUAACUGAACUUCUGAUAGAGAACGGAGCUGAUAUUCAUGUUACAGAUCCACGGGGUAGAAGUGUUCUUCACAUUGCUGCUAAAAAUAAUAACUUAGAAAGUGUUUCAAUUCUAUUAGAGAAACAUGCUGAUGUUAACUGUAAAGACAAAAAUGGAUUGACACCACUACUAAUAGCAGUUCGUUUAAAUCAUGAAGAUCUCACUGAUCUUUCUCUCGAGCACAAUGCAGAUGUUAAUUGUCCCGAACAAAAUAAUGAGCCAGCAAUUGACAUUGCUAUGGAGAAAAGAAAUGAAACUAUAGUCUUAAAGUUAUUAACUCAUGGCGCCGAUGUUAAUUUCGUUGAUGAUGAAGGAUCGACUGUUCUUCUCAAUGCUAUUUGGCAAGCACCAUCUCCACAAUUUAUUGAAAAAUUACUCAUGUUUGGUGCAGAUGUUAAUCACAGAAAUAACAAAGGAGAGACAGCUCUUCACAUUGCUUCAAGAGUGAAACGACGUGACAUUAUUGAAAUUUUAUUAAGAUAUGGCGCAGACAUAAAUAUCAAAUGCCAAAGAAAUAAAAUCGCUUUACUUCAUUUAUAUGAGUACACCAAUUCAGAAAACCGUCCAUCAUCUUCGGGCUGGGAAGGUUGUGAGAAUUUCGAUUGCGAAGGUUGGGACGGUGGUCGUUGCACUAGUUGGCAGCGAAAAUAUCGGUAUGACGAAGACGACGAUUAUCAACACUUUUCUUGCCAUGUCGAUGAAUGUUCUUCAAUUGUCGCAGUUUUCAAGCGACAUAUUCUAAAGCUACAAGUCGCUAAAUUUGAUGUAGAUAAUAGUAAUAUUCAUGCUCUUAAAUAUUUUGAAACAAUGAAAAGUGACAGAGACAACGGUGAAAAUUAUGACAUAGACUUUGAUGAAUACAAUGAAAGUGAUUCUGAUAUAGAUAUUGAUUCAGGCAGCAAAGCAGAUAAUGAAAAUUAUGGUAGUAAAGAAAUUAUGGAGUUGGAGUCUAUGAAAAAUGAAAGAAUGGGAAACAGCAACAUAUCAUUCUAUGAUUUUUUGACAAGUAGUGUGCAUCGGUUAGCUAAAUAUGUCAAGAAUAAGAAUAUCGUCGAAAUGAUAAAUUUAAAUGAUUAUGAAUUGAUAUUUCCUAUUUAUUCUGACAUCAUCAAGAGUCGCUAUCAUAUUGGCAUGGAGAGGAACAAAUUGUUAGCACAAUGUGAGUUUCUAGGUGAUAUUUUUGUCGACUUACCCGAUACUUGCAUUGAUGAAAUUAUAAGUUAUCUUAACAAUCAAGAGCUUAGAUUUUUAACGAAUGCUUACAAAGAUCGGAAUUUUUCGAACAAACGAAAAAUUCAUCUCAAAAACAAAGUGCCAACUCCAAACAUCAUCAUGUCCGGUUAUCAUAAGAAAUUUGAUAACUGCAAUAACGAUGGACCAGACGCCCAGCUUCGUAUUGCUGUGCAACGAAGAGAUCACAGCGGAGCUUAUUUAAACAAACAAAACACAUGCGGUGAAACUGCACUUCAUUUAGCUACGAUCGAUCGUGAUGUAGAAAUGGUGAAAGUGUUGCUAGACAAAUGCAUUUAUUCCGAUUAUUUAGAUAUUAAAGACAAUAACGGUAAAACUGCACUUCAUUUAGCAGCUGAAUGCGGCUCUGAGCCAAUAGUUAAAUUACUUGUCAACAAAGGAGCCAACGUAAACACCAUUGCUAGAGAUCAUUCAAGGCCCAUCGAAAAAGUUAUUUCGACUUGGAGAAAUAAUAUCUUUAAAUUACUCGUAUGUCAUGGUGCUUAUGUUGAUAUUACACUCAGUGAUGGUGAAUCACUACUCCUUAGAGCAAUUAAAAGCUGUGAACCAUCUACCGUUAAGUGUAUUCUUGAAAAAUCUUCAAUUGAUAAAAAUAUAAACAAAACCUGUCUUACAACAGCAGUACUUCAGGGAAAUGAAGAAAUUGAACAGCACUUGAUUAAGCAUGGUUUCGAAGUUGAACCUCAAUGUGUUAAUAAUUCAAAAUUUUUUCACGCUAUCGUUGCAAGAGGAUAUACCAAAUUCGUAACUGAUCUUUUGGCAAUGGAAAUGGCUAGAUUAUUAAUACAGCAUGAUAUUAACUUAAAUGUAAAAGAUCAUAAAGAAAAAACGGCAAUUUUUUAUGCCGUAAAAAAUGGCGAUUUUAAUAUCGUAAAGUUGUUGAUAACUAACGGAGCUUGUGUUGAAGAUGAUCCUGAUUUACUUAACAUUGCUGCUCUUAAUCAAUGCAGUGAUACUGUUCAAAUAUUACUGGAACAUGGUGUUGAUAUUAAUGCAUGUGAUUCUUUUGGAAAGACGGCUUUACAUUCAGCAUUUGUUAAACAGUCUUCUCAAUUAAACAACGAUGUAAUUUAUAAAAUCGAGCCGUCAUUAAUUCGAGUACUAUUAAACAAAGGUGCUGAUGUCAAUAUGCCAAUGAAUGAUGGUCGAACAGCGCUUCAUUUGGCUGUUCAAACUGAUAACGAAGAAAUCGUAAAUACUCUUCUGGAAUACAAUCCAAAAGUGAAUGUGUCAGAUGCUAAAGGAAUUACACCAUUACAUUUAGCUGCACAAACGGAAAAUUCCAAAAUUGUUGACAGCCUUCUGAAUAAAAAUGCAGAUAUUACAGCUGUGGAUAUAAAAGGCAUGACGGCAUUACAUUUUGCCGCUGAAGUAGGACAUUUAGACAUCAUUAAAAAUCUCUUGAAAUAUGAGCCUAAUGUCUAUGCUAUAGAUGAAUUCAACUCAACACUUUUGCAUGGUGCAGCUAAAUAUGGAUACUUAGAUACUAUUAAUUGUGUUAAUGGUGAAGGAUCAACUGCUCUCCUUAUCGCUAUUUCGCAUUCAUUAUCUCUAGAGUUUAUUAAAGAAUUACUCACGUUUGGUGCAGAUGUUAAUUAUAGAAAUACCAAAGGAGAAACAGCUCUUCACAUUGCUUCAAAAAUGAAACAACGUGAAAUUAUUGAAAUUUUAUUAAGAUAUGGCGCAGACAUAAACAUUAAAUGUCAAAGGAAUAAAACCGCUUUACUUCAUACAUAUGAGUAUAAACGUCCAAAAUUUUUCAGUUCACGAGUUAUUGAUUGCGAUUGUGAGGAAUAUGGCUGUGGGUGUGCGGAUGAUUGUUAUAGUUGGGAACUAAGAGAUCAGUAUGACGAAGAAGAAUUUCGAUUUGAUCACUUUUCUUGUCAUGUCAAAGAUUGCUGUCCAAUUGUUGAAGUUUUCAAGCAUCAUAUUCUAAAACUCAAAGCUGUCAAGUUUUAUGUAGAUAAGAAUAACAUACUAGGUCUCGAAUAUUUUGAGGAGUUGAAAAGUAACAUAUAUUUUGAUGUAUUCGAUCAAAGCGACUCUGAUAGAGAUUCGUUUUCAGGAAGUCCAGUUGUUGAUAAUAAUAAAGUAAAUAUGGAAUUAGAGUCUAUGAAAAAUGAAAGAAUUGGCAACAGUAACACAACAUUCUAUAACUUUUUGACAAGCAAUAUUCAUCAGUUAGCUAGAUAUGUCAAGAAUAAAAAUAUUGUCGACGUCAUCAAUUCAAAUGAUUAUCAAUUGAUAUUUCCUAUUUUUUCUGAUAUCAUUGAGAGUCGCUUCCAUAUUGGAAUAGAAAGACACAAAUUGUUAGCACGCUGUGAUUUUCUUUGCGACAUUUUUGUAGACUUACCCGAUAUUUGCAUUGAUGAAAUUCUAAGUUAUCUCAAUAAUCAAGAGCUUAGAUUCUUAACCAAUGCGUACAAAAAUCAAUAUGUUUUAAACAAACGAAAAAUUUUCCUCAAUUUAUAAAUUUAAUGAUUGCAUAAUUAUAAACCAGAUAAUAAGGAAAUUUUCAUUUUAUUUUUUUUUAUUUAUAAAAUGUCUAAAAAUGGAUGCGAAUCUGUUCAACUAUAUUACGAAAUAAUACAUAAAUAAAACUAUAAAAACUUUCAACAAUGAUUGUUAUCGAUACGAUUGAUCGCGGUUGAUUUACGCGUAAUUAUUUAAAUUUUAUAAAGUUUAUUAUGAAAAAUUAUAGUUUGUUUUGAAAAUAUAAUUAUUUAUUUCAAGUUAAAUACUUUUAUUUUAACAUUUAAAUGAAAGUUUUUAUGGUUUUAUUAAUUAUUAUCAAAUAUAUAUUUCUGUAGUAUCAAUACUUUGUUUGCAAAUGAACGUUUUUCUGUGCUGUUCAACAAUUAGUUUUUUAUCGAGUACUUUAUUUUAUUCAUUCUUUUAUUUUUUUUAUAAGAGCUUACACUCUAAUAAAACUAAUGUGUAAUUCAAUUAUUUAUUUAGAGUAAUAAAUAGCAGCAACUGAUUUAUUAUACUAUUUAUUGAAGUACCGAUAAUGCGGAAUUGGUUCUACUGACAUAUUAAAAAUUAUCAUCAAUAAAUAUAAUAUAUCAAAAUUUGGCAUUGAUAGUUUUUAAGUUGAUCUUUAAUUUA